AUGUUUCGCAUCACGAAUAUUUACGUCCUCGCUGCCUUUGGCACGAUAGGCGGCGCCCUCUUCGGUUUCGAUGUCUCGUCUAUGAGCGCCUUCCUGGCCACCCAGCAGUAUCUGGACUAUUUCAACAACCCCGACUCGAAUCUGCAGGGCGGUAUUACGGCGUCUAUGUCUGCGGGCUCGUUUGCCGGUGCGAUUGGUGCGGGCUUCAUUGCUGAUCAUCUUGGGCGUCGCAUGAGUUUGAUCAUUGCGUCCAUGGUCUGGAUCGUCGGUGCCGUUGUGCAGUGCUCUGCGCAGAAUGUCACCCAUCUUGUUGCUGGCAGGGUUGUUAGUGGUCUUGCUGUCGGCGUCACUUCCUCCCAGGUCUGCGUGUAUCUCGCCGAACUGGCCCCUGCGCGGAUUCGCGGUCGCAUUGUCGGAAUCCAACAGUGGGCAAUCGAAUGGGGUAUCCUAAUUAUGUACCUGGUUUCCUGGGGCUGCGGCAAGGGCCUGGAAGGCCCGUCUGCAUUCCGAGUCGCCUGGGGUGUCCAGGCUGUCCCCGGUCUCAUCCUCGGCGUUGCCUUGCUCUUCUUCCCUGAAUCUCCCCGCUGGCUGGCCGGUCAGGAACGGUGGGAGGAAGCCCUCGAUACUCUCGCUGCGAUCCACGGAAAGGGAAAUCGCAACGACCCUGUUGUCCAGGUGGAGUUUGAGGAAGUCCAAGAGGCAGCCCGGCUUGCGCAUGAAGCAAAGGACAUCUCCUUCUUUGCACUGUUCGGCCCUGGGAUCUGGAAGAGAACUCUCUGCGGUGUCAGCGUGCAGGUCUGGCAGCAGCUGCUUGGUGGGAAUGUCGCCAUGUACUACGUGGUCUGGAUCUUCCAGAUGGCCGGAAUGAGCGGCGACACAUCCCUCUACUCCUCCAUCAUCCAAUACGUAAUCUUCCUCGCCACAACCGGCGUCAUCCUGCCCUACAUCGACCGCAUCGGCCGCCGCCUGCUGCUCAUCUCCGGCGCAAUCCUAUGCAUGAUCAUCCACUACGCCAUCGCCGCCGUCAUGGCCGUGCACGGCAACCCCGUCGACGAAAUCAACGGCAACGCCUCCCUAAAGUGGGAGAUCUCCGGCGCGCCCGGCAAAGCCGUAAUCUCGCUCUCCUACAUCUUCGUCGCCGUAUACGGCUUCACCUGGGCGCCCGCGGCCUGGAUCUACGCCUCCGAGGUCUUCCCGCUCAAGUACAGAGCGAAAGGCGUGGGCCUGAGUGCCGCGGGCAAUUGGAUCUUCAACUUCGCGCUGGCGUAUUUCGUGGCGCCUGCGUUUACGAAUAUCCAGUGGAAGACGUAUAUCAUCUUCGGGGUGUUCUGUACCGUGAUGACGUUCCACGUGUUCUUCAUGUACCCUGAGACGGCGCAGCGCUCGCUGGAGGAGAUUGAUCUUAUGUUUGAUUCGGAUGUGAAAGCGUGGGAGACGACGAAGAUUGAUUCGAGGUUUGGGGAGCAGGUCGAGAGGCAUAGGAAGGGUAGUGUUGUUGCGGAACAUGCGGAUGUCUCUCAUAAGGAGAGGGUUUAG